AUGAAACCGUCCAAACUGAAGCGCCAUUUAGAAAAAAAACAUCCCGCUUCGAAAGACAAGCCGGUGGAGUUUUUUCAAAGACGUCUCCAGGAGCUGAGGGCAUCACAAAAGUGUCUGACAGCGUCUUGCUCCAAACAAGAACGAGCUCUUCGGGCAUCUUACCUAGUAGCUCACCGCAUUGCAAAGGCCAAGAUACCCCACACAGUAGCCGAAGAGCUCAUUUUACCUGCUGCAAUGGAUAUGGUAAGAGAGGUGCUGGAUCAGUCAGCGGCGGAUAAACUGAUAACCAUACCACUUUCCAAUGAUACCAUAGCUCGGCGGAUUGAAGACAUGUCUGGUAACAUAAAACAACAGACCACAGCCCGCAUCCAGGCAAGCCCUUACUACGCCUUACAGAUGGACGAAUCGACAGAUAUCGCUAACCAUGUCAUUUUAUUGGUUUAUGUGAGGCAUGUGUGGGACGGUGAUUUGCAAGAACAAUUUCUCUGCAGCAGAGACCUCCCUACCACUACAAAAGCAGAGGACAUUUUUAACACCCUGGACUUGUAUUUGAGCUCACUGGGCCUCAGUUGGGAAUAUUGUGUGGGAAUCACCACUGAUGGAGCUGCCUCUAUGACCGGGAAACAUUCCGGUGUGGUGAAGCGAAUUCUGGAGAGGGCACCUAACGCUACGUGGAACCACUGCUUUUUGCACCGAGAAGCGCUGGCGGCUAAGAAUAUGGUACCUUUACUUGAUGAAGCUUUAACAAAUGUCAUCAAAGUGGUGAACCACAUAAAACGGAGUGCAAAAAGUAGCCGUUGCUUUUCACAUCUGUGUAAAGACCUGGGCUCUGAGCACAUGCAGGUGCUGUAUCACUCAGAAGUCCGCUGGCUGUCGAGGGGCAAGGUGUUGUCACGCUUUUACGAAUUUAAAACAGAAAUCGCCACAUUCCUCUCGGAGACUAACUCCCCGUAUGCAGAACUGUUUGACAACGAAAUGUGGCUCGUACGAGUUGCAUAUCUUGCUGAUAUUUUUGAGCACCUCAACACAUUAAAUGUAUCGAUGCAAGGGAGAGGACACAAUAUAUUUGAACAGUCAGACAAAAUUGCUGCGUUCAAGAAAAAGAUCUCACUGUGGCUAAAUCAUUUAUCCAAAGACAGACUGGACAUGUUUCCCAACUCUUGCUAUGAAGCACAGCAGCUGGACAGUGCGGCCAAAAAUAACUUGAAACAAACUUUAAGGGCGCAUCUCACUAAACUUCAAGCUCGGUUUGACGACUACUUCCCAGAGAAACAAACAACCAUGGACUGGAUACGCGACCCCUUCGGUAUCAAUGUGGAAAACAUCACGUUGCCAAGCAACAAAGAGCAUCAGCUGGUGGACCUGUCAUGUGACCUGACGCUGAAAAAGAGAUUUGGUGAGGUAAGCCUUUCCCACUUCUGGUGCAGCGAUGUGAUGACUGAGUAUCCAUCCCUCGCCACUUUAGCAGUCAAAACGAUCUUACCAUUCAGCACAACCUAUUUGUGUGAAAGUGGCUUCUCUACCUUGGUCCAGCUCAAGUCAAAGCAGAGAAACAGGUUGGACACUGAGCAUGAUCUGAGAGUAGCUCUGUCUACUGUCACCCCAGACUUUGAAACUCUUAUCAAGAGUAAAGCACAUCCCCAAUUGUCUCAUUAA